AUGCUAGAUAUUUUUAACGGUCCAUGUAUGGCUACAUUGCCUUCCAUUUACAAUAACGAUGCCGCUUUCCCACAUGACAUAUUUAGUGCCAUGCCUAUUUUCUCUGACAUGAUGGUCGACGCUCCUCACGGUAAGAGACGCUGCUACAAGAACUACAAUAAGACUGGCGGUAAUGAGCACACUCAGAAACAUGCUUCAAGAGCUAGAAGCCACAAGAAGCAGCACUCAAUGAACUACAAGAUUGAGAAGCUAGGUAACGGUAACUACGAGUUGCAACUCUCCAAGAAAAUUGGACACAAUGUUGUCGCUAAGGCCAUCAAUGACCAAGUUUCUGUUCUCGCUGAGAAAUACUACGUCCCUAGCUAUAGUGUGGUCAGGGACAUCUUCGGUAGACAGUACUACGUUGAAGAGGAAACUGACGAAGAGGAAUUAAGACAAAAAGUUAUGUCUCAAAUUGAUAUCGGUGAUAUCAAGAGAAAGAUUGCUCGCCAGCAGUUCAAUGACUACGAGUUUGAACUGAAUCACAGAGGUGAUGAAGUUAUUAUGUUCAGUAAAUCAGAUAAAAUUGAGAAGGAAUUUAAUUUUGGUGAGAAUCUCGAAGACAUCAGAAUGAAAUACUGUACUAUUAACAACAAGAACACCGAGGCUGUGCUUUGUGUUGAAUUAAUAGCAUCUGAAGGACAUAAUAUAAAUAAUUCGGUCUUCGCUCAACCAGUAAAUCAUGCCAAUGAAGUAUUUCCAGAUCCAAGAUCAGAUCUAUCUCACCAGAGCUCCGAGGAAGAAAAUGAAGAAGAUGAAGCAUAUAUCUCUACCGAUGAUGAGCUCAAUACUAACACAGACGGUAACACGUCCGAUUCUUCUGAUGUUGUGUCUGACGCCGUAUCUGACAGCGACAGCAGUGCAUACUAUGGUGAGUCUGUCACAAAAGUAUACUCCCCAAUACUCGAAAAUGUGGAGGAUGAAGAGAUAGACAGGUAUAGAAAGUCAUUUGAACACUCUCCAAGCGGAUAUGCUAUCAUUGAGGAUUUGUAA